GUAAAUAUUUUAGAAGUAUUUUGUGCAUAAUUUGCGAAGUGUUGAAGUACUUGAAAAAGAUUCCAUCUGUGGACAGCCUGUAGAAACCUUAUUUUCAAUACAUGAAUUUCUCCCCUCAAAUUCCUGCUUGUGAGUUCAGAGGGUCUUUCAUUCACCCCUUUCAGGGAGUGAGGUAAUUUCCUUAGUUUUGAGUGCUGACUGCACAGGAAUACCUGAGUGAAGAAGUACCACCCACUGGCAGUAAAUCUUUGAAUUAUAGAAUCCUUAAAGUUUGAAAGCACUUCCAAGGUAUCAAGUCCAGCUUUGGAUGGGUUAUCAUCAUGGCCAGUAAACCACACUGAGAAUGCUGUGUCUGCUCACUUCUUGAACACUUCCAGGGAUGGUCGCUCCCCUGCUUCCCUGGGGAGCCUGUUCCAAUGUUUAACCACUCUUCCAGUGAAGAUUUUUUUUCCUAAUAUCCAACCUAAACCUUCCCUGGUGAUCGAUGCCCUCAAUAACAACAUUUAGGAUCUUUUUUCAAAUCCAAAAGGGAAAAAAAUAACUAUACAGUUUUGUUCUUCAGUUCUCCUUAUAAUCUUUCCAUAGUAAUCCAUACCCUCAUCCUCUAUGUACUUGUCAUUGUCCCCGAACUUCUUCUUCAGAAGAUUCCACCCCCAGAGAAAUCAGUCCCUUAGAUUCUCUCAAAAAACAGAGUAGGGAGAUUAAUCCCUUUGUCUAAUCAGAGGUUUAAAUGUUAUUUUCUUUUCCAUGUGACUGUGCCUUUAAAGUAUAGAAUCUGUUCCUCCAAAGGUUUUUUACUCUAAUUGCUCACCUCCACAUUGCAGAUGCCAGUGGCAUUUGGCUCUCUGGCUUGAGGUAUUUUCUUUGGUUGGUUAUUUCCCAAUUAAUCAAAGCUUUGAAUACCUUGAAUCAGCAGAGCUUCAUGAAUAAUUAGUUACAACUUCUGUGUAAUAUGUGACUGGACACUGAAAAGAUAGAAGCUUAAAAUAUUUUACUAAGAGCCCUUUAGUUCUUCCAUGAGGAAGCCUUAUACUGGCAGGAAAAGAAAGUAAGGAGUUAAACAAGAAACAAAGUGGAGGACGACUUUAAAGGACAGGACUGAAAAGCAAACAAAAGUUAAAGUACAACUCCUCUAAAUUCAAGGCUCACAAUCAUCAGCAUUUCUUUUCUUUCUCAUUAAAGUCUGGCAAUGUUUUAUCCCUUCCAACAGCUGUGCAACACUCUUUCUGUCUUACCUUUGUCUCACUUGGACUUGUUUUUGCAUUAAAAGAUCUUACAUAAGGUGCUGUGGGCUUGUUUUUUUGGUUUUUUAAUGAGUAAAAAAUUUAAUGAUAUCUUCUUUAAACUAACCAAGGGUCAAGCUUACUGUCAGCCCUUUUCAGAAUACCAGUGGUUGACCAUAGCUUUGAAAGCUGUCUUAUAGCUCUCCAUUCCUACCUCUGUCAGAGCAGUAUCUUUGUAUUUCAUUACUGAAAAUAAAAUUUAUUUGAAAGCCAUUGGCUGAACAUUUGCUCACAAAACUUCUUUUAACAUUUGUGCUCAAAUCUGUUGCUGAAUAAGUGCAUUAAUUGAAUGAUUUAGAUGACCAACUGUAUUUGUUUGACAUUUCUUGGGGAUGCCUUCUCUCUUACUGAGAGAAGUAAGAGAAGUAUAUUUUUCUCAAAAUAUAUUAACAAAAUAUGUCUCGUCUUGCCAAAGGAGAGCUCUUCCUGUUCUUCUGCAGCCUCCUGCAAAAUGCUCACCUUUCAACCUCUCCUCAGGUCUUUGCUAUUAGUUAAAUUCCAGAUAUAUGUGGAAAACUCGACAUUUUCAGUGCCUUUUUACCCACUCUGGAAAGGUGAAGUAGAAUCAGGCCAACUGGAGCACAGCUGGACACUGUCCCCGGACUUUUUCCAGGACACCUUCCAGUGAAUUCAAUGGAAUCAAAGUUAUGCCACCCAUAAAGAGUUUUGUGAGAAGACAGCAGGCCUGAAAAUCCCUGGGCAGCAUGGGAGAAAGCAGAUUACACACAAUCUGAAAACAGGAAAGGUGUCCUGUUUCCUUGAAGCCUGCAAACCUUGAGAAGAAUAACAGACUGUCAGGACAACAGAUUUAUUAGAGGCCUGCAGCCGGGUUGCGUGUGAAGAACUGAACAGAGAUCCUCACGCUAAAUGUCAGGUUUCUGGAACAGCAGCCAAGGACAGAAUUUUCCUCCGGGUCCAAGACCAUUACCCAUAAUUGGAAACCUUCUUUUGUUUGACUUGAAGAGACCCUACAGGACUUAUUUACAGCUGUCCAAAAAAUAUGGUCCAGUCUUCAGUGUUCAGAUGGGGCUCAGGAAAAUUGUAGUGAUUUCUGGCUAUGAGACAGUGAAGGAAGCUCUCGUAAACCAGGCAGAUGCAUUUUCAGAGAGACCUAAAAUCCCAGUCUUUGAAGAUUUGACCAAAGGAAAUGGGGUUAUUUUUGCUCAUGGCGAAAACUGGAAGGUGAUGCGAAGAUUUACCCUCACAACCUUACGAGACUUUGGGAUGGGCAAAAAGGCCAUUGAGGAUCGAAUUGUGGAGGAGUACGGGCACCUGGCAGACACCAUCGCCUCACACAAAGGAAAUCCCAUCGAAGCCAACAAAAUAAUUAAUGCAGCAGUUGCUAAUAUAAUUGUGUCAAUAUUGCUUGGAAAACGAUUUGACUACAAAGACUCCAGAUUUAUGAGACUUGUAAAUCUGACCAAUGAAAACAUGAGGCUUGCUGGGAAACCUGUGGUUACGGUGUACAAUAUCUUCCCAUACCUUGGAUUCCUCCUAAGGGCUAACAAGGUUAUCCUCCGAAACAGAAAAGAACUCCAUGAUUUUGUACAAGUUACUUUUGUAGAGUACCUCAAAAACCUGGACAAAAAUGACCAAAGAAGUUUUAUCGAUGCUUUCCUGGUUAAACAGCAGGAGGAGAAAUCCACUACCAAUGGGUAUUUCCAUAAUGACAAUUUGAUAAGCCUGGUGAGCAAUUUGUUUACUGCUGGUGUUGAGACAAUUUCCACCACACUGAACUGGGGCUUUCUGCUGAUGCUAAAGUACCCUGAAAUCCAGAGAAAGGUGCAAGAAGAGAUAGAGCAAGUGAUAGGGUCCAACCCCCCGCGGAUCGAGCACCGAGCUCAGAUGCCAUACACAGAUGCUGUCAUCCAUGAAAUUCAGAGGUACGCCAAUAUCCUGCCGUUGAAUUUGCCUCAUGAGACUACUACAGAUGUAACCCUCAAAGGCUAUUUCAUUCCCAAGGGCACCUACAUCAUCCCUUUACUGACCACAGUCCUUAAAGACCAGUCGCAGUGGGAGAAACCAGACAUGUUCUAUCCUGAGCACUUCCUUGAUGCCAAUGGGAAAUUUGUGAAGAAUGAUGCUUUCUUGCCUUUUUCAGCAGGGCGCAGGAUCUGUGCUGGGGAGACUCUGGCCAAAAUGGAGCUCUUCCUCUUCUUCACCAGUCUCAUGCAGAGGUUCAGCUUCCACCCUCCACCUGGAGUUUCCAACUCAGACCUGGACCUCAGCCCUGCCAUUUCAUUUAAUAUCAUCCCCAAACCCUAUAAAAUGUGUGCUGUAGCACGUUCCUAGAGCUCUAAUCCAUCGUGCUUCUAAAAUGUUUCCAUGACAUCUGUCUUCUUAAUUUUUUGACCAAUACAAUCCAUAUUUCAAUUAAGAUUUCCAGUACUUCUAAACUAGUGUUGUUAAUUUUUUAUUUACCGAGAGAGGGCAGAAAUGGACCAGAAAUGUGAAGUAAUUGAUGGCUCAUGGGUUAAACUCUCAGAUCACCUAAUCUUGGGUAAAUAAUAGAGACCUUCAGCUUCCUUAUUCUUGCUGCCUUUUUCACUGAGUGUUUGUUGAAAGCACAUCCCAAAAAAUGCUCCAAAGUCCAGGUUUUUCCCAAAAGACAUGGGCCACGAAGCUGUGCUUAGGUUGUAAAAGCAGAUAAAUGUGGGAUGUUCAGGCUGUCAGAACAGAAGGGCUGUUUGACCUUGGCAGUCAGCUGGGUCUGAAGCUGAGCAGGAUGUCCUGAUGUCCCCCAGUGCAACUUCUUCCCUUGGCUCUUCUCUCUACUCCUUCCAUUUCCAUAUGCAAAGAAAUCACAGCUCUGUACUUACUGUCGAUCACUUCUGAAGAAAAACUUUCAGCCAAGAUGACCUGAAUCCAGAGGUACAUUAAGAUUUUGCCCAAGUAUUCCUUAAAUGAAUAAACUCAGUAAAUAAAGCAUACACACACAGAAAAAUGUCUUUCCUACUUAAAGCCAGCCAAGGUUUGUGAAAUGGACAUUUCAGGUGCUCCCAGGUCAAGACACACAGCUGUGGUCACAGAUAACACACACACAGAUCAACAGUGAACCUCCUGGAAGAAGCUUCAAAUCUCAUCAAAACCAACAACCUGGUAAUUCUGCAGCUCUGUCCAAGACUAUCCACCAUCAAGUCAAGCUAAGACCACCUCCUAAAUGUCUGGAUUUAUGUUCCUUGGUUCAUGUUUCCCUGUUUAUGUGUGCAUAACAACCCCAAAGUAAUAACACCCACAGCCAGCCUAUCACCCAGUGUGGGGGAAAAAAAUUAAGUUGAAGUAAUUAUGGCUUGCCUCUGUAACUAUCCAGUACUGCAGUGCAGAAAGUCAUUCUUCAGUUACUAUUUCAACUUCCUUGUGUGGAAGCUGAAUCGGACUCCUACUCACUGCCCUUCUCCACGCUUUCUUUUCAAAAUAAAAAAAAAAAAAUUAAAAAAGGAAAAGGUCUCUAUAUGGUUCAGGAAGUUCCAAACCCACACAGUAAAUCACCCUUAAUGAAAGCAUAGGAGUAUUAUCUUGACUUAACCUUUUCCUAGCAUGCAGGAAAAAUCUUUAACCCAUACUCUAGAUUCAAUUAUUUUGGGGUAAUGGUUAUAUCAGUAUAUGCUCCCCUUGCCAAGUGAUCACAAAUGUGAGAAAUACUUCUAAAUAAUUACAUUCCUUUACCUGUGAUUCAGUAUAAAGCAAAAACUUAGAUGAGGUUUUCCUGAUCCUACAUGGUUUAGGUAAUCCUGGGAGGAGAGCUGGACUCAAGAGAGCCCUACAGGUUCAUUCCAACUUGAGAUAUUCCAUUAUUCUAACUCCAGAGAGGCUUUCAAGCCCUCACAGAAGAGAGAUAAUUAGCUUUUGUCUCAUUAAGACCAGCAGCAGCUUGUAAACAGAAGAACAAGAGUUUAUGAGGCAAGUCAGUGUAAAGAGCACUCCUAUCUUCCAGCAGGUAAUUUAACCUGAGAAAGUACUUUAUAUUGUUUGAUGGGUUUUUU